CAUAAUUGCGGUUGUCCAGUUCAUCUCUCUCUCUGUCCUCUCCCUUCUCUAAUUCAUCUCUUUCCUGCGUGCGUCCUGAGUCCUGACGAAGCCACACAGAUACAGACACAGACACAGACACAGACACAGAGGUACCCGAAUUGGUGAAAUUGGGAGAUAAUUUUGGACUUGUUUUUGUGUUAUCAGAGCAGCAAUGGACCAUGCUGAGCUCACCACUGAACAGGUUUUGAAAAGGGACAUCCCUUGGGAGACAUACAUGACCACUAAGCUCAUCACUGGAACGUGCCUUCAGCUGUUAAGGCGUUACGAUAAAAGAUCCGAGAGUCACAGAUCACAGUUGCUCGAUGAUGACGGCCCUGCUUAUGUUCAAGUGUUUGUUGGCAUUUUACGUGAUAUUUUCAAGGAAGAAACAGUAGAAUAUGUCCUUGCUUUAAUUGAUGAAAUGCUUGCGGCUAACCCAAAAAGAGCAAGAUUGUUCCAUGAUGGUACUAUUGUCGAUAAAGAUAUUUAUGAGCCUUUCUUGAGGUUGCUUUGGAAGGGUAAUUGGUUCAUACAAGAGAAGAGCUGUAAGAUACUUGCCCUAAUAGUGAGUGCCAGGCCAAAACCCCAAGAUGGCACUGUUGCAAAUGGGGAAGCCUCAAAUUCAAAGAGAAAAAUUACUACUAUUGAUGAUGUGUUGAAAGGAUUGGUGGAAUGGCUUUGUGCACAGCUGAAGAAGCCUUCCCAUCCUAGUCGCGGCAUCCCAACUGCUGUCAAUUGCCUUGCAACCUUAUUAAAGGAACCUGUGGUUAGAUCUUCCUUUGUUCAAUUAGAUGGGGUGAAGUUGCUUGUUCCCUUAAUUUCUCCAGCUUCCACCCAACAAUCCAUUCAGCUUCUUUAUGAAACAUGUCUAUGUAUCUGGCUCCUAUCCUAUUAUGAACCUGCGAUUGAGUACUUGGCCACUUCUAGAACUCUUCCACGACUCAUAGAAGUUGUCAAGAGUUCCACAAAGGAAAAGGUUGUCAGAGUUGUUGUUUUGACCCUGAGGAACUUGCUCUCCAAAGGGACGUUUGGUGCUCAAAUGGUGGACCUUGGACUGCCACAAAUGGUUCAGAGUUUGAAAGCACAAGCAUGGAGUGAUGAGGAUCUUCUGGAGGGAUUAAAUCAACUGGAAGAGGGUCUGAAGGAUAACAUCAAGAAACUGAGUUCUUUUGAUAAGUAUAAGCAAGAAGUCCUCCUUGGCCAUCUUGACUGGUCACCCAUGCACAAGGAUCCAAUAUUCUGGCGCGAGAAUGUUACCAAUUUUGAAGAGAAUGAUUUUCAGAUUCUAAGAGUCUUGAUUACUAUUUUGGACACAUCCAGUGACCCUAGGGCUUUGGCUGUUGCCUGCUUUGAUAUCUCACAGUUUGUCCAGCAGCAUCCGGCUGGAAGAAUCAUAGUGACGGACCUCAAGGCCAAGGAACGUGUGAUGAAACUGAUGAAUCAUGAGAAUGCCGAGGUUACGAAAAAUGCAUUACUAUGUAUACAGAGGCUUUUCCUAGGUGCCAAGUAUGCGAGCUUUUUACAGGCUUAGAUCGUUUCAAUGGUGGAGCAAUGAUGCACCGAAUGAGUCAUAAUCUUAUUGUCCAAAAGUGGUGUUAAUGAAUGGGUGACACUGUCAUAGUAGUGGUUUACAUAUUAUUAUUAUUUCAGUAAUUCAUUUUAUACGACUCUUGGUUAUGAACAGCGUUUGGAAAUUUGAUUUGUUGCUAUGUGUUAGCUGUGGAAUAUUAUUCUUGCUAAUGAGGUAUGGAAUAAAAUAAAAUAUGUAAUCCCAUUGGUAAAAUA